GUGUUUUCGUCUGUUUCCGUUCGCUGUCGUUUCAACAUGGCGAUGUUGACAUUACGGACGUUAGUAUUUGGCAGAAGGUUGUGGUGCCCGCAGCUGAACGCUCUCUGCUCUUAUCACAAAAAGGUGGUCGAUCACUACGAAAACCCAAGAAAUGUGGGCUCUCUGGACAAAAACGCCCAAAACGUGGGGACAGGUCUGGUGGGGGCACCGGCCUGUGGUGAUGUGAUGAAACUUCAAAUUCAAGUCGAUGAAAACGGUAAGAUCGUGGACGCAAAAUUCAAAACGUUUGGAUGUGGAUCCGCCAUUGCGUCGAGUUCUCUCGCCACCGAGUGGGUGAAGGGGAAAACGGUGGAUGAAGCUUUGAGCAUUAAAAACACAGACAUCGCCAAAGAAUUAAGCCUUCCUCCUGUCAAGCUUCAUUGUUCCAUGCUGGCAGAAGACGCCAUCAAAGCAGCACUGUCUGACUACAGAGUGAAGCAGCAGGAUAAGGAGAAGACGCAGAAGAACAUCAGCAAUUAACUGUCUCACGCCAGUGUCACCUGGAGCUACAUCAUUCAUAUUUACAAAUAUUGAGGAAUAAAAGUAUGUCUAUCAA